AUGGAUACUAUACUGGACGAUGGGGAAAAUGAGAAACACAUGUGUUCCGAAGAUACUUCAGGUUAUAAAGGCAAAGAUUGGGGGGAAGAAGAGAAGAAGUUAUGCAAAAUUCUAUUAAGAAUAUUCUUCUGGAUGGAUGGAUUAAAGCAAAAAUGGGAACCAGGAAAAGGAUACGGCAGUGGGUACUUCGGAUGGAUAAAGAGCACGGACCAAACAUCAGAAGAGGGGAAAGUGAAAUCCUAUUAUAGGUGCUUACUUGGGAAAGUGACCAUGUUAAAUAUGUUAGGAAAACAUUGUGCUAUGGAAAAAGUAGCAAAAGUGGUUAAAAAUAAAAUGGGAGCUUUUAGGGUAAGUAUGAUUCACGAUGAGGGGAAUCAAUUAUGUAAGAAUGUGAAUGUUAAGGAUUUCAUGUGGGGGAGAAGAUUAAUAUGGGAGCAGGUUAAGGAAUGGAUAGAUAAAUAUAAGCGGGACGGAACUAGUAGAGAAUCAUUAGCUAAGGCAUUAAGUGCAGUAACGCCCAAGAAUAGUCUACUGCACAGAAUAAAGGAAGAGGGGGAGGAAAAAUGCCCAGGAGGGAAGAAAAAAGAGAAUAUUAGUAAGGAAAUCUUACAAAAUUUAGAAAUGGCAAUCACCGCAGAGGAUGACGUGGAUAUAAAUGAAGACAGUGAACCUCUAGACAAGGGUGUUCUGGACAAAGUACUGGAAGAGGUCCAGAAAGUGGUCGAUACCGAUAGAACACGAAGAAAACAGGACCACAAUGAAGAGGAAUUGAAGGGAGAAGUACACGCAGCCGUAAAAAGAGUCACACAGAAGUACGAAACACCACCACAACAAGGUGGUGAAUGUAAAGAAGGUGCCCCAUGCACACGCCCACAAUGUAUAGCAAAUAAAUGGGUAAAGAACAGAACGUCGAACGAAAAUGAGCCACCCUGGGGAAAUUUUUGGACAGACAUCGAAACUGAAUUAGAGAAUCUUCUUAAAGAAAUACCUCAGAAGAAGGGACAUGUUGAAAAAUACUGUAAUAACGAUAAAUGGGAAAUGAAUGCAAAUGGAGAAGCGAAGAAGGCAGCAUGCAAGCUUAUUGCUGCAGGAUUACAUCAUAUGUACAGCAUUCAGCUCUCCUUUGAUCAAAGUAGUGAGAAGAAUCCCUUUGAUAAUCAAGAAUUUAAGCAAUUUGCUUCAUGCCUUCUGUUAAAAGAUCUCGCAGAACAAAUGGAAAAAACGUGCCCUCAUUCGAAGGCAGGCAUAAAACAGGCCUUCCAUUCUUGGCAACAAAUUAAAACAACUGUGUGCACAAAACCUCCAUGUGUUGAAUGUAAAAUGGACGACACCUAUGGAAAUUGUCAAUUGAAAAAAGACAAUGGUACUACAGUAGAAAAGAAAUUAGAGGAGGUGUUCAAUAAGAAAAAUUCGGAAGUAAUCAUUGCUCUGAAUGAAAUAGACCCUAUCUGUACAACAGCCAAACCUGCCCCUGCCUCCCAAACACCAGAUAAAUCCAGUACGAAGGAUCCAAUGGAUGCAGAAGAAAAAAAGUUCAUAGAUAAGUUGUCAGAGGAAACGGUGGAUGAAAGUUAUAUAAAUGAGUUCGCCAGUGCAUGUGAAAAGGAAAGCAAAGGAAUGGAUGGAUUGAAGGGGGACGUGUCAGAGGACGACAAGAAGUUCUGUAGAGUUCUGUUAAGAAAUUAUAUAAUAACAACAAUAAAGGACGAUAACGAUAUAUUAGGAAUAAAGAACGCAAAUAGUUGGACUAUUGAUCAAACUACACGAUGUAAAAUUUUAAAUCCAUGGUUAAAACACUAUGGCGAACAGAAGUGUGAUCCAGGCGAAAUGUAUGAAUAUAUUAAAAAAAAAGUGGAGGGGUUGAUACAGUACACGCCGUUGAAUAGAUCUUAUAAGAAGUGUGAGUACAGGGUAGAUAAUGAUACCCAUAGUAACGGAAUAGACCCAUCCCCUAAUAGCAAAGAAGAACAAUGGAAGGAAGAAAUACAUAACGGAAUAAAGAACAUGAAUUUAGAGAAUAGCUGUGGUCAAACCAUAUAUGGAUCAGAUACGAAGGACACUGCCAAGAAUGGAAAACCUGAUUCUUAUAAUGUCGAUGAUAAAAGUGAAGCGGGUGGCAGUGCCCCCGCCGCACGGGAUGAGGAAAGUGGUGGUUCUGGUGCGGGCGAUGAGCUCAGCGCUCCCUCAAAAGGUGGUCCCCUUUCUGUUCCUGCCUCAGAUAAGGGUGCGCGGGUUUCCAGGUCCAGUCCUGGCACCACUAUCGCUCAACCAGUUGUUACCAACAAGGACAACCCGGUCCUUUCUUACCUCCCUCUUGCUCCUAUCACCAUUGGAAUCAUAACCUUGACCUACUUAUUUUGGAAGUACUUUGGAAUACUUGGUAAGAUAAGACGACGUUACCGAAGAGCUUAUCAAGUACGUGGUCCAACUGUGGAAGGACAACCUCUUGAUCAUGUGGACCAGGAUGGUGAUCCACAUGCAUAUACCAUAGUAAAGGAACGAAAACCUAGUUCUACGCCUAUAAAAAGGAGGAACAAACGGGGCGUUGAUCACCGUGCCGGUCGUCGUCGUGGUGUACGUCGCCGCAUGAUUAUUGAUAUUCAUUUAGAAGUCUUAGACGAAUGUCAAAAAGGGGCCACACAAUCGGUUCAGAACGACUUUUUUGAAAUUUUGGUUCGAGAAUUUAUGGGAUGUGAGUUCAUAAAAGGACAAAAUGUUCCUAUGGAACAGGUUCUAAAUUCAGAUCUCGGGUUUUAG